GUCAGGCCGAUGACUGUACGGUGGCUGCGUUAUCUCGCACAGGGUGGCGAUGCCAUAUCGCGUAAGACACCUUCACUUUUGUCGCUCGCUUGGGCGGUCUUCAAUCUCGUUCCUCCUCAGAGGAACGGCUGCGCGGGUCGAGGCAGCGGGCGAUGGAAGCGGAGCGGAGCGGGUCGCCCGCCGAGGUCCUCAUGCGGGCCCGCGCGGCUGGGAGCACGUUCGGGCGCGCGCUCCCAGAGGUCGUGGGAGGUGCCCUCGCGUGCCACUCGGGAGCCCUCACCCUCGAGGACUGGAGCUCGCGGAGUUUGCGGAUCAGGCGGCGGCGAGCCGGUGCGGCGUCGGCGGGUCGUUGCCGGAGCAGGAAGCCGCUGUUGCGGCGGCUGACCUCUACGGCCUGUUCGGUGGUGUCGAGGGCUCGAUGGCGGAUUCCAAGUACCUGAGGGAAAAUGUGAAGAUCGCGGGAGCCGACGUGCCGUUGAAUGGUGGAGCGGCGUGGCAGCGGCUCCUGGCCGAGAUCGAGGUAGCGAUGCGAUUGUCGCACCCCCCCCCGGAGAAGCUCAGGACUCUGACAGGGGCAGCCGUGCGCUGCGGCGGCACGGGCGUGCACGGGCAUCAGAGGUGGGAGGACAUAUCUUGCAAGUUGAUGUUGUCUGUAGCGUACGAGCCUUUGCGUCGGCGCAUCCGCUAUGUCGCUGCCCGUGUAACAUGGGUCCUCAAGCGCCAGAAGACGACAAUUUGCGAGUGGAUGGCGAGCUUGACCACAGGUCCAGCAUCGCGGCAGUACUCGCCCCUCUUCGCGCAGCACUUGGAGGUGUUGCGCACGUGCCCUUUGGUGCAUGAGUUGGUGUUCGGUGCUUAUGACAGUGCGGCAUCGAUUGUUGGAGAGAAUAUUUUGAAGUGCCUCCAGGGCACCUUGAUUGCUGGAUGCACCAAUCCGGAACUCGUACUUCGACCCGCCACCGAGCCUGCUUUCGAUGCCACCAAGAUCGUUGCACGAGUGCCUCCACAGAGCGGUCAUGGAGGUCCUGCGCGGCAGCGCGUUGUGGCAGAGACGCGCCGUCGAAGUAGUCGCCCUGGAGUGUUGCCAGCUCAUUUGCACGAUCGUGUCUUCGAGCCCCGCGAUACAGAGGGGUCCUUGCCGUUCGUGGAGGUCAGGCUGCGCAGGGCUUUUGCGGUGCUUGCAGGCACUCUGGCCAACCAGGCGUUCGCGUUUGCAGACACGGCCAUGUCCUCGUUCUGUCGUCGUCACGUCGACGUGGCCAUGUGCGGGAUCGAUUUCAACCCAGAGCAGCGCAGAGUGCUCGACGCGCAGCAGGCAGAGCACUCGGCGCGGGCACGGCAGGCCGAGACUCGCUUCACGGCAGUGCGCCACUGCCUCGCCACGCUUCGCGGCGCGCGCUAGCUGGCACGGCCAGCUACGGGGUCCGGCGAGCUCCCAGCCGAAAGUCUCGCUCCCGCCCUUCCGGCGCAACCUCGGGGGGCGGCAGGAGCGUGCGGUUUCGGUUUCGGAGCCCCGUCGCCGAUCCCUCGCGGUGCACCGCCGCUUCCAGGGCGACGCUUUCCCCCCCGAGCUGGUCCCUCCACGACGGUGCCCUUCAACCUCGAACCAG